AUGAAAAACAAGGCAAGUUCUCCUCCACAAGGAGGAGAGGCGCGUCCUUCCAGGUGUCCGGAUAACAGCGCAUUCAAACAACAGAAGCUACCCGCUUGGAAGCCCCAGCUCACCAUUGCGACGGUGCUCUCCAGCUUCUUCCUCACCGGCAUGUUCUGCCUCUUGGUGGGAGUCUGCCUCAUACUGUCUGCAAACAGCGUCAGAGAAAUCCAGAUUGAUUAUUCAGAUAGAUGCUCAGAUUGUUCAAAACUCCGUGAGAAUUCCUCUAAUUGGAAUAAAGAAUGCCACUGUUCCGUGGAUUUCACACUAAAGGAAGAUAUAUUGGGUGAUGUUUUCAUGUACUAUGGCCUGCAAAACUUCUUCCAAAACCACCGUCGAUACGUGAUAUCAAGAAGUGACGCGCAGUUGUUGGGUCGAAAUGUAAAUAUUCAGAAGAGCUACUGUGCGCCCUUUACCACCUACCGAAACGGGACUCCCAUGGCUCCCUGCGGUGCUAUUGCCAACAGCAUGUUCAAUGAUACUAUUGAUCUUUUUUACAAUCUUAACUCAUCUGUUAUUCAAGUACCACUGCUGAAGACUGGGAACAGUUGGUGGACAGAUAAAAAUGUGAAAUUUCGCAAUCCAAAAUCCUACAAUCUCUCCUCUGCAUUUGCAGGGACAGCAAGACCUCCUUACUGGCAGAAACCAGCAUAUCUGUUAGACGAGGAAGAUGAAAGGAACACUGGUUAUGUGAACGACGACUUCAUUAUCUGGAUGCGAGUGUCGGCCUUUGCUACGUUCCGAAACCUUUACCGUCGUGUCAGCCGGAUAAGGCAGUUUGCGGAUGGUCUCCCAGCAGGAAACUACACUUUUCAUAUUUCCUAUAAUUUCCCUGUUAGCAAAUUCAAGGGGAGAAAACAUGUGAUUCUUUCAACCGUGGUAUGGAGCGGCGGAAGUAACCCAUUCCUGGGAAUUGCCUACCUGGUUUGUGGCACGGCAGCAACCCUGACAGGUUUUGUCAUAACUGCCAUCCACUUAAAGCUCAGAAAAAAGAAAACAUAUUUUCAGAAGUAAUAAGGUUCCCUGGCUUUCUGAACAAAGACAGAGGUGUCUUGUGAACGAAGAACCUGCAGCACAGACGUUUUGUUCCUUCCCCUGAGCCCUGGAUCUGUUUCAGUAACAGGUUUGGUGAA